AUGACUCCCCGCUUGACUCCCUCACUGGUGACCACCCGCCCAGAGCGGUCCCCCACUUCCUGCCCACCAACUUUCCGCCUUGUCGCCUCGGAAGUCCACGGAGACUCGCACGUAGAAAUAAAAGUUUGUCUCCAGCUGCCUGUGCCUGGGAAGCCAGGGUCUCUGAUCGAAGUGCGUCCUCGUCGUGUCCUGCCAGAGCUUCCCUGGGUCCAUAGGAGCUGGGGCACUGAAGAAAGAGUCGGGACAUAUCUUCUCAGACUGCAUUUUCCCAGCCUUCCCAGCAGAUGGUUCUCUUCAGUGACAUAUUCCCCACAUCCAUACAAAGGCUUCCAUGGAGGAGGAGUGUGCAACAUCACAAGUCAGCUGAAUCCCAAAUUUCUUCAAAGAAGCUCUUGGCCAUGGCAGAAUGAACAGUCAUCACUCAGCCAGCAAAGAAAGCCACUUGGGGCAUGGAAACUACCCACUUCUUUGAUAAUCUGCCUGUGGCAGCAACCCAUCCCUGGCUUGGGGGAUCUUAGCUGUGGGUGUGCAAAUGACUAUCACCCAUCCCAGAUACUGAGUCAGGUGCCCAGGUCAUGGGAGGCAUGCCUCACCAUGCUUGACUGCAGCUCCUGCUGCAAGCUCCCCCAUGGCUUUCUGGGUCAGACACCAACCCACCUCCAAUCACAGAUGCUCACCUUCUCCUCACCAUACUCAUCUGUGACUCCGGCUACCAUUUCUCUGGAAGCUUUCCUGACUGAGCACUCAAUUAUCUCCAAAUAUGGUCCCUCAGUUUCUCCUCUCUGCACUUGAAUGUGACUCUGGCACCUGUUUCCCUGGAAGCAAUCUGGACCAAACACUCACACAACUCCAAAUGCAGUCUCUCAGUUUCUCCAAGUAUACAGUCACUGUGGAUGUAGAAGUCCCUGCCCAGGUAGUGGAACACUGAAACUGCUACUCUGGAGCACUUUCUAUCUUUUAACUAGUGUUUUUCAUGGAAGUGAAUUUGCUUUGUCUCUCCUAAUCUGCCAUCUUGGUUCCUUCCCCCAAUUUUUUGACAACUAUCAUUUUUGUAAUUUAUUGUGAACUUUAACAUAUACACAGAACAGCAAUAAUUUUCAAAGUACCAUUGAACAAGUAGUUAGAGAGCAAAUUUCAAAGAAUAUUAUGGGUU